GACUAGUGUACAGUAUUUCACAUCAACAGGUAUGACGUGUCGGGCCCUCCUCUCUUUCUCUCUCGUGCUGCGCUGCUCCAGCUGCUGCUGUGCCGCCGCUGUCUGUUUAUCUGUCUGUCUGUCUGUCUGCCUGACGGUGCGUGCGUGCGUGCGCGCGAUCUCCUUUCCGCUCGCGCCGUGCUGCUGCUCCUCAAUGUAGCAAAGACCAUGACAGGCAUCGCCGCCGCCUCCUUCUUCUCCAACAUUUGCCAGUUCGGGGGCUGCGGACUGCACUUCGAGUCGCUGGCCGAGCUCAUUGUGCACAUCGAGGAUAAUCACAUCGAUACAGAUCCUCGUGUGUUGGAGAAACAGGAACUGCAGCAGCCCACAUAUGUCGCCCUCAGCUACAUUAACAGGUUUAUGACAGAUGCAGCACGGCGGGAGCAUGAGUCUCUGAAGAAGAAAGUUCAGCCAAAGCUGUCACUCUCACUGACGGGCAGCCUUUCACGCAACAGCGUGGCCACGCCCCCUCGCCACAACAGCGGCAACCUGACCCCGCCCGUGACUCCGCCCAUCACGCCUUCGUCUUCGUUCAGGAGCAGCACCCCCACAGGAAGCGAGUAUGAUGAGGAAGAAGCAGAAUAUGAAGAGUCUGACAGUGACGAGUCGUGGACCACCGAAAGUGCCAUUAGCUCUGAAUCCAUCCUCAGUUCCAUGUGCAUGAACGGCGGCGAUGAGAAACCGUUCGCAUGUCCCGUGCCUGGCUGCAAAAAGAGAUACAAGAAUGUGAAUGGUAUCAAGUACCACGCCAAGAACGGCCACCGCACUCAGAUCCGCGUUCGGAAGCCCUUCAAGUGCCGGUGUGGUAAAAGCUACAAAAGCUCUCAGGGGCUUCGACACCACACCAUCAACUUCCACCCGCCCGUCUCUGCCGAUAUCAUCCGCAAGAUGCAGCAGUAGAGAGUGCCAACAUCCCCCCCCCACACACACACACACACACACACACACACACACGUGUAUAUACAGUACAAACAGAACACCUCCACAUCCAUCCGCACCAGCAGCUGUGGCUGUCCAUUAACUCUGACUUUGACCCGUCUUCUCCUCAGUUUUUUGGAGGACCUCCAAAAAAUAUUUGUCUGGAGGAGUUUGUCUUUCUCUAUUUUACUCUUUCAGGAGUAAGACUUCUUCACCUCCCUUUUCAUUCCACUCCUCAUGAGGAGGAAACUUUAAUCUUUUUAUAUUCCUCUUCCUCAAGGAAGACUCCCGAAUCCCUGUAUCAUUCCGUACCUCCAUGAGGAGGAUUUGAUUCAACCAUCUGUCAAAACACUACAUUUUGAAUCGCAUGCUUUAAUUCUGUUAUUUUUGAUUAUUUCAUUUGCUUAUUUGUAUUUCACAGUUUUGUAUUUUUGCACAUUUGCUUAAUCUUUUUGUUUUCCUCGUCUUUAUUUUUUUGAUGCUUGGUGCUUAUUGCAAGACUGACGAUAUGUUUGGAAAGGUCAGAAUCGUGACUAGAUAACCAGCCUCACGCGAGUGAACGUGAGUCUCUGUGAGAGAAAAAACGAAAGAUAGGAAAGGCUUGAAAAGUCUGAAUGUUUUAUCUACCCCGUAUAAGCAACAUUCAUAGCUACAGAUUGUGUAUAACUAUAUAUUCUAUAAGUUUCAUAGUCAGAUUUAAAUUCUAUACUUUAUUCCUAAGUUUUAUUUUGUAUAUUUUCAACCGAGCUUCGGAGAUGACGAUAUCGAUUGAUUGUGGAUGUGCAGUUUUCGGUAGUGCUUUCACCCUUUCCAUUAAUCUCAGAAAAGUUUUGAGUUAUAGCACCAAAUGACUCUCAGGUGACAAAUCGCCAGCAUUUAAAAACGAUAAUCCUGAUCUGAUAGUAUUUUAGAGUAGGCUGUUACACUCUUCCCAGGUCGGCUGUGGCCGGGCCGUUCUGGAGCGUUCUAGAACUCCACAGCGAUCUGGAGAAGAACCUAAAGCACUUUGUAGUGACCCGUUGCCAACCUGUUCAGGGCAUUUUGUAUUGCCAAGGAGUUGCAGAAUGUUUUCUGCAAGUCAGCUGCGAAAUUCCAAGGACUAAUAUGGCGCUUUGGAGGUCUCUCUUUCUGAGGUUCUUUCAUUUUUUUUCUAGCUAAGGGAAUUCAUUCUUUCGCUAUACCUCCAGUGUGCUUGUUAGAUGUGAGAUUAUUGAAACUGGUUGCCUUGAAUUGUGGUACACCACAGCAUUCCAGUACAGUAUAUGUGUAGCCAAGUGAUUCAGAUUGUGUAUUCAUCCUGAUUCUGGCUCGUCUCUGGUGUAUCCGUGUGACUUUUAUACCCCUAACCUGUCACUGGGAUGAUGUAGAGUCACAACCCAAAGAUAUUCAAGUGUGAACACAUACUUUGAAUCAGAAAGUUACUUGAUUUGAUUUGCUUUUGGACUUGUGGGUGGUAUAAACGAAGAAUCGCUAGAUCCUCCAGAGAUGCCGGCCAGAUCGGGGCCUGCCAAUCACUCAUUAUGACAUUACUGCAUGGACGUUAAUGUUGUUGGAAUUGCAGUAUCGGUUUAGAUGCAACAUUGUAACAGUAUUACACUGCCAGUACAGAGGGAAGUAUUUGAUAUAUUGUGUACUUAAUGUAUUGUCUCGAUGUGAGUGCUUUAAAUUAUAUUUUCUUAAGUUUCUGGACAACAAUGUUCCUACAUGAAGUCAGACACCAGGGGUUGUUUUGGAACUGGUGACAUUUUCUGCAACAAAACUGAAAAAAAAAAAAAAAAAAAAAAAAGCUGCUUCAUAAAUGUAUACCUGGUUACAUUUUAUAUAUUAAAAUGGCCUCUGAUAUGUUUUAAAAAAUUGUCUUUUUUUAUUUCUUCCCUCCAGGAAUGUGGAUUCAUGGUCAAUUUUAGUAUAAGGAUAGAGGAAAAUUAUUAUAUACCCAUUUAAUAUAUUUUUUUAUUUAUUUAUUAUUAUAUGAUAUGUGACCCUGGACCACAAAACCAGUCAUAAGUAGCAGGGGAAUAUUUGCAGCAAUAGCCAACAAUACAUUGUAUGGGUCAAAAUGACCGAUUUUUCUUUUACGCCAAAAAUCAUUCGAAUUUUGAGUAAAAAUCAUGUUCCAUGAAGAUAUUUUGUAAAUUUCCUACCGUAAAUAUAUUACAACUUCAUUUCUGAUUAAUAAUAGGCAUUGCUAAGAACUUCAUUUGAACAACUUUAAAGGCGAAUUUCUCAAUAUUUAGAUUUUUUUUUUAUUUUGCACCCUCAUAUUCCAGAUUUUCAAAUAGUUGUAUCUUGGCCAAAUAUUGUCCUAACAAAGCAUAAAUCAAUGAAAAGCUUAUUUAUUCAGCUUUCAGGUGAUGUAUGAAUCUCAAUUUCAAAAAAUGGACCCUUAUGACUGGUCACAUAUUGUUUUUUGUAAUAGAUAUGUAGUCAAAGUUCUGGGGCCUCAUUUAUAAAGCGUGUUACCAUAACCGCACUGAAAGGAAAAGCAGUGGACAAAUAUUGCCACCGCACUUCAGCAGCCAGGCGAGUAAUACUUCUAAAGAAUGAAUAGAAUACAUAUUUUCUUAAAAUGUAUAAACCUUAUACUUGAAGAAAUGGCUUAUAGUCACUGUAAUUUCUCGCAAGAAUUUAUGUGAGAAAACGUAUUUUCGCUGAUGGUCGGGAACGCCUCUUCACUGAAUGUUUUGUAGUGUGUGCGCCUCGUCAGCGUUGUGUUGUGUAGUAUGCGCGCAGCUAUGACAAGACGACGACAGAUGAGAAGAAAUCUUGUUGCGUAGUGUGAGCUUGCCAUUAGGGUGUGCGUACGCGUAAAUCCACGCCAACGCUCAUAUUUGUAAAAACUGGCUUUGACGUAAAAAAGUGCUUAGCGUCACAUCAGGGUCUGAGCAAAUCUACACACUUUUUCUUGUUGGAGUGCUGCAGGUUUUUGAAAAUGCAAGCUGUUCUUGCAGCUCGCUGUCCUAAAUGAAAGAAUAUGGAUGAUGACUGGUGAUCUUUUACAUGUUAAUGACAUUAAUUAGGAGUCGUUUACAAGGCAGAGAGCUGAAACCAUUCAUUUGUGCACAAGUUCAAGAUCAUUUGCGAUUCAAAGAUUACACAUACUUGAGAGAUGCUCAUAAGAUCAAUUUUAGGAUGGUUUCUGCGCAACAUUUUAUAAAUGAGGCCCAAGGUGUUACAACUUCUAAAUACUUAAAUUCAUAAAGUUUAAAAAAUUGUAGUAUGUUCCUUUCAGGCUUUCUAAUAAAAAGAAUCAUUACAGCUAAUCCUCAAAAUGAAGCCUUACCAUGUGGUUUUGGUAAGUGAAGGUAAAUGUUUUCAAUUUGAACAACUCCACAGGACCAGUAUGACCAGCAUAAAUAUUGCUUCAGUGAAAUCUUUAUUAGUUUAGAUCAAGUAUAUAAGACACACUCGCACAGUAAGAGACCGAAAGUAUUUAACUAAGGAAAUGGAACAAAAAUAAAAGAUCUAGGUUUGUGAUUUCAGUGCACAGGAAACGUGAGCAUGCGACUCAAUUGAAAUAAAUGAUUUAAAUAGAUAAAGGAAAAAACACUAACUCAAAUAACUUGAUUAUCAAGGUUUAUCUUUAAAAGCUUAUUCUAAAAUAAUUUUAUAAUAUAGAACCACCCUCUUAGCUGGUCACAUACAUGCCCUGCCAGAAAAAGCUGUGCUCUGCCUGCACAGAGUAUAGUAGGCGAUACCUGACAUAAACUAUAGAACCUGGGGAAGGUUCUCAACAGAAUGCUUUAAUAUGACAUUUGCUCAGUGUUCUUAAAUUAUUCUUAACCACCUGCAAUGCUAACUUUGAUAUGAGAAGCGUUAAAGUGAGCUAGAAUAAACAGUCCUAUUGACAGAAGUAAUCCCCAACUACAAUGGACUUAAAUAAAAACCCUAAAACGUCACCCAAAUCCAUCUUUUAGUCAUUUGGAAUUCAUUAACAGUAUCCAGACUUUAUCUUGAUUGCGUUAAAUAAAGAAUCAGUUCUCUACAGAUGAAUGCUCAAAGCUAAAUAUGCUGUUUAAAGUGGCUGUUAACUGUAACACAAAUGAGCAGAAUGUGAAGUGGAGGCAAGGACUCUUUUUCUCGACUAGAAGUUGAG